CUCAGGGCCUCAGUCAGAUUGACAGUGAAGGCCUCCGAAUGGCUUCCAUGUCUGCUUUGACGUCCUAUAGGGUAUCAAUGUGACCACUGACUAGAUGAGAUUGAUUUACGCUAUUUGCAGAUCAUGAUUGACCCACCACUACUAGAACAGGCAACUGACGUGUCUCCAUGGCGAGGGCUUAUGUACAAUUUUGGCUCGGUGUCGGCGUUCCGGAAGCCGAGGACACCGUUCGACCUCGUCCACAGCACUCAUGAGGCACCGAACUCGAAGCACACGCCUAUUGCAGAGGGCAAUUGAAGGCCAAAUUGAAAAAAUCCCGCAUCAUGGCAGGGUCCAGUGAGCGCUCUCAUGCGGGCGUGGUGCGACAGUGCAUUUCUUUACGUGGCCGCCACUCAAGAAAGACAGUUGCUACAAGUGUCUCUUCAAAUGCACAUAGUCGUUUUGCCCGCUCUUGCGGUCCUCUUUAUUGGAGUGAUAAAGCUAGUCACAACUUUGGUUCAGCGAGCAACAAGCCCCCUCUCUUCCGUACCUGGUCCUUGGCACACGAGAUGGACUUCUGCGGCAUCGAGAUACCACUGGAUUCGUGGGGAACUACCUGCGUGGACUCAAGAGCUGCAUGAAAAAUAUGGUGACGUUGUCCGUGUUAAUCCACGUGCUGUUGAUUUUUGCUCAGUCGCCGCGGCGAAAAAAAUCCACUCCUUCAAUCGUCCAUUCCUCAAGAGUACGAUGUACAAAUCCUUUGGUAGUGUAAAAGGUAUCCCUGAUGUCUUCAGCGUACGGGAUCCAAUCAUUCACGCAAGACAUCGUAAACUUCUUUCGGCGCCAAUUUCGGAUAGUGGUCUCAAGAGCUUCGAGCAUGUUGUACAUGCACGAGCGAACCUAGCAGUUGAGCAGAUUGGGAAGGAGAUGGAGAUGAACGGGACUGCGGAUGUCUUGAAAUGGUGGAUGUUCUUCAGCACUGAUGUGAUUGGAGAGCUUACGUUUGGUGACAGCUUUCGGAUGCUAGAGAAAGGCAAGGUAAAUGCUUAUGCAAAGGAUCUUCAGGACAUAGCCGGUCACCUCGGAGCUCGUCUUACCUUUCCGACGGUGUUACGACUUGCAUCGUACAUCCCGAUUCCAAAAUUUAGUGCUGCCUUCGAAGCGAAUGUGCGGAUGCGUACAUAUGCGGAGACAUCUAUCAUCCGUUACGAAAACAUCGUGGCAGCUCAGCCCGAUAUACACCAGCCCAGCCUAUUCAGCAAGCUUUUCAAUACGAAGGAGGAAACCAUGCCACGAGCCGAGAUCGUGUCAAAUGCGCAAUCAUAUAUCACAGCCGGUAGCGACACGACGGCACACACCUUAUCGUAUCUGACGUGGGCGGUAAGUAAGAACGAAGCCGUCAAAGCGAAGCUGGUCGCGGAGCUUCAGACUCUUCCGGAAGGAUACUCAGACGAAGACCUCAAAAAGCUAAAGUACCUCAACCAAGUCAUCUACGAGACACUGAGAUGUUACGCUGCUGCUCCGGCUUUACUGCCGAGGGUCGUCCCAGCUGGUGGAUGUGAGAUUGAUGGAUACCUGAUGCCGGGGGGUACAGACGUGCAGACCCAAGCAUACAGCAUGCACAGGAAUCCUGAGGUCUUUCCAGACCCCGAACGGUACGACCCAGAACGAUGGGAGUCCCCCACGAAAGACAUGAACGAUGCCUGGAUGCCAUUUGGUGGUGGUGCACGAGUGUGCCUCGGUAUCCACUUAGCAAGGAUGGAGCUCCGUGUUGCAACUGCAAAGUUCUUCACUACUUUCCCCAACGCCAAAGUCCCCUCUGGAUUCAACGAUGCUGAAAUGGAGCAAGUGAUUGUCUUUCUCAUGUAUCCCAAAGGCAAGCGCACCAUGAUUCAAAGCUCAUAGAGCUAGACGAUAACGUCAUCCUUACAUGACAUCAACCCGAAAGCCAGAUCUUUUCUGCGUGUAGGGUAGCACCAUCUAGGUAACCUAGAGGGAACCGGAUGCGAUAGGAAAUAGAUACUACGGAGGCCUACUUACUGCGAAUGAGAUAUACACUUUUGACUUUGAGGGCCUAUGUAUGUCGUUUCAUCGAGCUUCUGAGAGGUCCUAGAUGACGUGAAGCCCUUACAGAUGUGCACGCUAAGAACUAGUGUCAAAUUUCCACGCGCGCGACACUUGAUUGGCUUAAAAACCGAGCUUCUUCUUAACAGCACGCCAUUUGGAAC